AAAUAAUAUUAAAGACGCCGACGACCCAACAAAACUCGAGGAGCUCGUAUAGACAUACACCAUCACAGCUAAAAACUUUCAUAGUUCUCUGUCGAACGGAGAUAGGAAGACUUUUCUUCCUCAUCUUUUUCACUUCUUCUUCUUUGCCCCCUCAUCUCUCUCUCUCUCUGAUAUUCAGGUUCAGAAUUCUGUAAUUGAGAGGGAGAGAGAAUGUCAGGAGGUGGAACCCAGAACAGUUUGAGGAGAGCACUUGGUGCCCUCAAGGACACUACCACUGUUUCAUUGGCCAAAGUCAAUAGUGAUUACAAGGAAUUGGAUAUUGCUAUAGUUAAGGCCACAAAUCACUACGAACGACCUGCAAAGGAAAGACACAUUAGAGCUAUUUUUGCUGCCGUUUCAGCUACUAGACCUCGGGCUGAUGUUGCAUAUUGCAUCCAUGCUCUUGCGCGGCGUUUAUCGAGGACACAUAACUGGGCGGUUGCCUUGAAAACUUUAAUCGUUAUUCAUCGGGCUUUGAGAGAAGUGGACCAGACGUUCCACGAGGAGAUCAUUAAUUAUGGAAGAAGCCGAAGCCAUAUGCUUAACAUGGCCCAUUUCAAAGAUGAUUCCAGUCCAAAUGCAUGGGAUUAUUCUGCCUGGGUUCGCACCUAUGCCUUAUUUUUGGAGGAGAGGUUGGAAUGCUUUCGCUUGUUGAAGUAUGAUGUUGAGAUGGAUCGACCUCGGACCAAAGAUCUGGACACAGUUGAAAUACUGGAGCAACUGCCAGCUUUGCAACAGCUUCUUUUCCGCAUUCUUGGUUGUCAGCCACAAGGGGCAGCAGCCAAUAACUUUGUCAUUCAGUUGGCACUCCAAUUGGUGGCUUCUGAGAGCAUUAGAGUUUAUCAAGCUAUAAAUGAUGCUACUGCCAAUUUGGUUGACAAGUUUUUCGAGAUGCAGCGCCCUGAUGCUGCAAAGGCUCUGGAAAUUUAUAGAAGGGCUUGUCAGCAGGCAGAGAGACUUUCAGAAUUUUACGAGAUAUGUAAAAGCAUGUAUAUUGGGCGUGGAGAAAAGUUUAUAAAGAUCGAGCAGCCUCCUUUAUCAUUCCUACAAACCAUGGAAGAGUAUGUGCGAGAUGCUCCAAGGGUGACAACAGCUCUGAAGGAUCAGUUCGUUGAUAAUAAAAUUGCUGCCCCUAAGGAAAUCUUAGCCAUAGAGUACAAGAAGGAACCAGAAGUAAAGGAGGAACAGCCACCUUCACCACCUCCACCUGAACCAGUAAAGGUGGAAGAGCCUGUUGCUCAACCACCUGAUUUGUUGGGGUUGGAUGAUCCUGUUCCAGUUGCUUCAGAGCUAGAUGAGAAGAAUGCCCUGGCUCUUGCAAUUGUUCCAGUUGCUGAACAACAAAGUGCCCCUGUCCCAACACAUGCAAAUGGAACUACAGGCUGGGAGCUGGCGCUUGUCACGGCUCCUAGUUCAAAUGAAAGUACCACUGCUGCUAGCAAACUGGCUGGAGGGCUUGAUAAACUUACAUUAGACAGCCUCUAUGAUGAUGCAAUUAGAAGGAGCAAUCAGCCUGUGAGCUACAAUCCCUGGGAGCCAGUCCCUGUGGCUAAUCCCAUGAUGCAAACAGCCGUACAUGAUCCUUUCUUUGCAUCCAACACAGUUGCUGCACCACAUUCAGUGCAAAUGUCCCAAAUGGCCAGCCAACAGCAAGCUUUCAUGUUGCAGCAGCAGCAGCAGCAGCAGAUGAUGAUGAUGAUGAUGAUGGGCCAGCAACAACAGCAACCUUCAAAUCAUUUUGGAAACACUUAUGGAAGCAGUGUCCACCCCUAUGGCUCAGGUAUGCCGCCUGUUCAAGCAUACAAUCCAUAUUCGGGCUGAAUUUAGACGAUUUACACAGAACAUUCUUUUUAUGGAAACACGCAAAAGAAUAAAACAAGGGAGAUCAGUACGUUUUCGCUUUUUAGAUUUGGAAUGCUUGAAGACUCGAUAGUUGUGUACCAUAUGUUGUGCAGUAGUCAGUCAGAAUGAGAUUCUUCUUUAAUAACUUGUGAGACAAAGGGCUGUUGAGUAGUGGUUAUUUGCGGUGAAGGUUAGUAAUAAUGUUUUCCAGACUACUACAGCCUUUUCAACCUGCUUCGUUGCCGUUGAUGCUUAAGCGGGUAUUUCAUACCUUGUUAUAGAUGAUAGGAAUGAAAUGUAAUCUCUGUGAUUAUUACCACAUUUAUGUAAAAAGAAAAGAAAAAACUAGGUUUGAUUUGUCACGGAUUUCAUUGGCUCUUGUAAUAAUACUCGACUGUUCUCAGUCAUCUCUUAUCUGUCCCACAGUUUCUUCUCUGCAA